AUGGCGGGCAUGGGCGAUGGAUACGUGGGCACGGCGGCGGACGCGGUGCGGAUUCGGCGGCUGGAGAAGCAGCGCGAGGAGGAGCAGGCGAAGAUGGAGGAGCUGCGGAAGAAGUCGUCGCAGGGCCUGCAGGGGCUGCUGCAGUUCGGCACCGCCACCUCCGAGACGCUAGAGACGGCGUUCAAGAAGCAGACGGUGGGGCUGGUGACGCGCGAGCAGUUCGUUGAGAAGAGGGCAACGCUGCGCAGCAAGAUGGAGGAGGAGGAGCGAGAGGCCAAGCAGCGCCACGCAGACGACGAGGAGGAGAAGCAGAUGGAGAAGCGGCGGCGGCGGCGAGCAGCAGCGCCCACGGCCAAGCUCUCGUUCCUGGACGACCUGCAUGACGAGGAGGAGGAGGGGGAGGGGGAGGACGGGGAUGGGGAUGGGGAGAAGGAGAAGGGGAGGGAGCAACAGGAUAGAGCAGCAGGGAACGGGGCGAGCAGGGGCGGCGGGGGGGCAGCAGGGGAGGUGCGGAAGAAGGCGAGGAUGAGCAAGUUCGGCAAGAACCCUUUUGUGGAGACCGGCUUCCUGCCCGACAGGUGCGGUGCAGGAGGAGUGAGGGCAGAUGGGAUGGUAGACGGGAGGGGAAGGCAGAGGUGGGGGCAGAGAGGGGGGGCAGAGGUGGGGGCAGAGAGGGGGGGAAGGGCAGGGGGGAGGGCAGGGGGGAGGGCAAAGCAUCCUCCCUCUGCUUUAUCUUAUCCCCAUGCCCGCCCUUCCCGUGCCUAUCCUCUCCACCCCGUCGGCCAAUCAGACGAGCCGUUGGAGAUCACAUACAGUUUCUGGGAUGGGGCGGGGCACAGGCGAGUGAUCAAGGUGCGCAAGGGGGACAGCAUAGCGGACUUCCUGCGAGCGGUGCAGCAGCAGCUGGCACCUGACUUCAGGGAGGUGCGAUCGGCAUCAGUGGAGGGGCUCGUGUACAUCAAGGAAGAUCUCAUCAUCCCACAUCAAUACACGUUCUACGAGCUCAUAGUGAACAAGGCGCGCGGGAAGAGUGGCCCGCUGUUCCACUUCGACGUGCAUGAUGACAUCCGCACCACGGGGGAUGCCACCAUCGAGAAGGACGAGUCGCAUGCGGGCAAGGUGGUGGAGAGGCAUUGGUACGACAAGAACAAGCACAUCUUCCCCGCCUCCCGAUGGGAGAUAUACGACCCGGCUAAGAAGUGGGACCGAUACACCAUCCACGGCAACUGA